AAAAUAGCUGACUUUGGGCUGGCUACAAAACUGUCUCGGCCUGACGAAAUUCACAAGACAAUGUGUGGCACACCAAACUACAUGUCGCCUGAGAUCCUCCUGAGCUCGCCACAUGGGCGAGAGGUGGACGUGUGGGGGCUUGGCUGUAUGCUUUACACUUUGCUGGUUGGUCACCCACCCUUUGACUCCAAGGCCAUCAAAAGUACUUUUGACAGAGUCGUCAACUUGGACUAUCAAAUGCCCCAACACAUUUCUAGUGAUGGGCAAGAUUUGAUACGUAGAAUGUUGAAGAAAAAGCCUACAGAUAGAAUAACAUUAGAAGAAAUACUCUGCCAUCCAUUCAUGAGGAAACCUCAAAUGAUGGCUACAUAUAAAAGUCAA